UUUGCACCGGCAGUUGAAGCAGGAAGUGUACUGCGCAUGUGCCGUCCGACAGAUUGUCAAACGAGCGAACGUAAAUAAACAAGUGAAUAUUUUGUGCCAAAUAAAGUAUUUUAUUUCUACGUAUUUUGUAUACUUUUUAUUGGGAUUGUGACUGAUAUUUUCGGGUGAUAUAGUGCAACGAAUUUGCGAAUCUUUCAUAAGUAAUGAGCGAGCAAUAAAACGAAAUGCAUUUACAAAUAGCUUUAAUGUUAAGCAUCUUUUUACUCUGCGAUGCGAAACUGCCAAGAUUUAAGCAACAUACUAUAUCAAAUGGGUUAACGAAUCCCAAACAAAACACGCAAGCGAUGCGACUACUGCAAGUAGAGGCGAAGAACGAGAAAACUAGUGCAAUCGUCGGUGAAUACAAAACGAGACAUCGGAGAGAUGUGUUCGAUUCGAAGUCUUAUGAAUCGAGUUUGACGUGGGCUCACUCGGAGAGAUUAGACGACAACGGCGAUGUUUUAUUACGCUGGGUGAAUUCGGAUUCGAGUAUAACGUUCAGGUUGGAAGCGAGAACUCGUGGUUACGUCGCGCUGGGCUUCAACUCUGCGAGAAACGUGAGAGGAGCUGAUUUGGUCGUCGCCUGGGUAGACGACAGGAAUGGCAACGCGCAAAUUUUGGAUUGUCACGGACCUGAUUACCAAGACCUGCCGGUUGCAGACGACGUGCAGAACUACGAGCUGAUCUCUGGUUAUCAAAAUGAUACUCACACUACAAUUGAGUUCAGAAGGCAGCUGGACACGUGUGAUAAACAAGACUUUGUUAUUGGCGAGGACACAACACAAAUCCUGUGGGCUCUAGGUCCCGAUGGGUCGGAUGGUGAUCUUCCUAAGCAGGUGAAGAGUAGUAACAGACCGCUGCGGUUGUUACUGCCUGUUUCAAAACCUGACUCCAUACCUUUGAGGCAUUGGGAUGUACGAUUUAAUAAUCUCACAAUCCCCCACGACAUGGCAACACUGUUCUGGUGUAAGGUCUUCAAGGCCCCCGACCUGGCUAAAAAGCAUCAUAUAGUAGGUUAUCAACCUAUCAUAGACAGCAGACCCAUCAGAGAUGGGAAACCUGUUGUGGAGAAGGACAGCUUGUCGCCGGUCCAUCAUAUGGUGCUGUACGAAUGUGCUGAGGACGAGGACAAGCAUCUGUGGAAUAACUGGGCGGAUACUGAGGGAUACUACGGCCCCACCAGGCCGAGUGGUUGGGCGACAUGUGCGAGGCCUAUUGCCGCGUGGGCUAUAGGUUCAAAAGGUGAAUUCCUGCCGGAGAAUGUGGGCAUACCGCUGGGUGAGAAAGGCGGCGUCUCGUACUACAUGCUGGAGAUUCAUUACGACAACCAAGCGUUACACGAGGUGCUGGACAGCUCCGGCAUCCGCGUGCACUACACGCCGGCCCUGCGCGCGCACGACGCGGCGCUGCUCGGCGCCGGCGUCGGCGUCUCCGCGCUGCACGUCAUACCGCCCAAGCAGCGCCGCUACAGGACCGUCGGCAUCUGCAGCCCCGAGUGUACUAAUAACACUAUGCCGGAAGAAGGUAUCAACAUUGUGUCAGUUUUACUUCACGCUCACGGCACGGCCAGAAAGAUUUCAUUGAAACACGUCAGAGGCACCCAAGAAUUACCGAGAAUUUCGCAGGAGAACUCAUACGACGCGCGCUACCAACAGUCGCGCAUCGUGCCCGGCGGCAGGAAGUUCCUGAGGGGCGACACGCUCAUCACCGAGUGUACGUACGACAGUACAUCGCGAGACAAACCUAUACUUGGAGGAUAUUCUGCACAACAGGAAAUGUGCCUCAGCUUCAUACUGUACUACCCGCGCACGGAGCUGGCCGGCUGCUACUCCAUGACGCCCGUCAAGGAGUUCUUCGAGACCUUCGGCGUGAAGGAGUUCUCCAAAUUGAGUUUCAUGCAAGUGGAGAAUAUAUUUUUAUCAUCAGGAAAUUUCGAAAACUUACCGCCUCAACCAGAUUUCACAAUGAAAAACGAAAGAGACAGAAGGUACAUCGAAGAUGGCGCUGUGCAGGGCGACGAUCAGGGCGUUAGCUUACUGAAGGAUCUGAUAAUUUGGGAGCCAUUGGAGUUCCGCAACAAGUCGUUCAUGGCGCAUCUGAACGAGAUGCCGUGGGCGGAGCAUUUGUUGACGGAACAGAUCGAGAAAUCACUGUACAAGGGCAUGCACAUGACCUUCUGCAAGAAACGAGACGAUAGUUGGGGCGUGCCGAUACAAAUACAAAACUAUCCAAACUUCACCGAAGUGAUGGACAACGACACAUCAGAGAAAUCGUGCCACUACAAAAGCGUUAACUUACCCUCAUCUGUAACGAAGUCGACUACAGGUCUCGGCUCAACGAAAACCAUCAGUUCCCUCCUUCUGGCUGCAUGCGCAAUAAUCAUGAUCGCACGGUAAUGAUAAAAUUUAAAAAAAAAGUUAAACCGGAACCAAUGAUUUUCUGUUGUUUUUAUAUUUUUCGUUUUAUAUACUUUGUUUUUUUUUUUUUGGAAAAACGGUCUGGAUGUCUGAAUGAUAUAGUAUUAUUUUGCCAAAUUGUCAUCACUUCGCAACUGUUUGUUGCGUUGCAAAUGCUACUAUGGUGUUAUGCCAAAGUCGUUUAACGAUUUCGUAUGCGUUUUUAAAUGAAUUUUGUGCAAAUACCGCGUCACAAUAGCGAUUCUUAUGAAUUUUCGGACAAAGCUGUUCUCUAUGUAAGUUUAAAUCUUCAAUUAUUAUAAGUUUAUGUAAAUAUUACAUUAUUUCUGUAUAAUUAAGUUAUACCUGUUAUUUUUAUUUAUGAACAAUUUAAUACAUGUGUUGUGACGUCAUCGUGCAUAUUGGUAACACUGCCAUCUAGUGACGCUUGCAGUAACUAGUAACAAAACUUCAUUUAGAAACGCAGUACUAGUAGUUAGCCGUGUAGAUUUUUUCCCAAUAAGCGAGUGAAUGGUUUUGUGAUUUAUGUACUUAUGAGUAUUUGCUCAUGGUUGCGAUUACGGCAAGAAACUACCAAACUGUUGGUAUAUACCUGGUUUUUUACAAUUGGAUAGAAUUCCGUCAGGACUGAUUUUUAUAUUCCAUUUUUCAUUCUAAUUUCCAUGUUACAUAACGGUGUGAUGUUUAAAUGUAACCUCGUUGUAAUAGGAAUGCAAUACAAUAUGAAUAAGUAUUUGUUAGUUGUUGGGCGGUGUUUGUGUGUAAAUAAUUUAGGAUAAUCCCAAUAGAGGGCGUUGUACGGUAUUUAUUGGUUUUAAACGUCAAUUUAGCGACAUCUAGUGACAAACUCUUUAACUACUUCUUUCAACAAAAAUCGUCCAACAACUAAACCAGAGUUUCAAUGCAAGACGUUUCCUCUCUAUAUUAUUUUAUAUUUUCGUGGACUUUAUGUAUUGUCGGUUUGUAGUUGUCAACUAUUUUGGUAUAUUGCGGAUAUAGUUUUUUUUUCACCCAUUUGUCAGCUUUAAAAAAACAUUUUCAUUCUGAUACAAUAAAUAAAAAUGUUUAUAAAUCGAAUUGAAAUAUACAUAAUUUUGAGGAAAAUGAACCCAAUCCGCAUUGUUUUAGGGACAACUAACCAAUACAUUUCUUCAAGUAUAUUAUGAAAGAAUGCAUGCUCAUUUAAUCUGAAAUCGAACAAAAAUAAAUUAUUUAAGUUCUAAUGCCCUUAGUCCGAAAACUUAUACAAUACGGUGCCUUGUGCCUGCCUUCUAAUUUGAUACGUACUUUACAUGCGUUUUUAUAGUAGAACGUUCACUUAGGGCUGUGCAUAGUUAGCAAUAAUUUAGCAGAUGUAUCUAUAACUAAAAUAAUGUAAAAAUGAAAACUUCUUUUGCUCUUAAAAUAAUGUAUCACCUUUUUUAUGCGGGAACGGCAGUGACCCAACUGCACCUGAUGAUAAGUGGGGUCCAAUAGUAUGUCGACUGACAAGAGAUGAUUACCCCUCGACAGUCGACACAAUCAUGCCGGCCUGUUCGAACCGUAUAUACAGGUUGAUCCCCGAACGUGACACUUACGUGGGUUACUAUGGCGGGUUUCAACUCCUAGUGUACGGUGGUCGCUAUCCUGGCGGAUGUAAAAUAUAUCCUACCACCAUCACUGUUGUCGCAAAGAUGACAAUUAAAACAUAUAUUUUUAUACUGCAAUGAUUGUUCAAGAUUUAUUUUCGAAUUUGUAUAUAGCAUCAUUUUUAUAAUUGACAGUGUAGACGAAAAUAAUUUCUAAUAUCAAGAUACCGUGGGUAGUUCUUGUCAAUUUUGUACAGAUAUGUAUGUCAAUAAAAUAAAAUUGAUAUUUAAUCGUAACAGGUAGUGAUUAUAAGAACCAAGAAGCAAUAAAAUAAAUAGUAAUUAAAUAUUUUUCCUUGUGAGUAAACAAUUAUUGAUUAUUCACCAUAUAAUUAUUUUAAUAGAUUAAAACACGAAUAAUUAUCGGUUAUAGAAACAUGUGCUAAACUUAUUCCAUGAAAAUUGUCGAGUCAUUGUGUAGAGUGAUCAAUGGAAUUUUGCUAUUAUUUUUAAUUUAUAAUCUAUUUCCUGAGGGUUUAGCUGUAAGAAUACGCUUAGUAAUUAAGUUUUAUUUAUUUAAAAAGUCAAUAUAAUGUGUUUUAUUAAUUUCA